GCGCUGACGUUUCCGCGGAGGGAGAAGCGAUGGUGGCGACCGCUCGGAAUUCAGAAAACCUUGGCGUUUAAAAAACACUGCUCUACCGUUCUCGCUCGCUCUCUCCCUUCGAUUUAAAGGUCCCUCGCGCUCGCAUUCCGCUCCUCUUCGCCCUCUAUACUCGCGAAAUAACCUAAAAAAAGACGGCGAAGACGCGCCACCCACUCGCGCUCGGACGACAACAACAACAACAUCGUAGAGCUGCCACUGCUGCCAGCGGGUUCGAAAAAAAGAAGACGGUGGGGAGGGAGUGAGACGGAGCUAUAGAGAAAAACAUACGAACAGCUGGAAAGUGCAGCAGCAGUAGCGAAUCGCGAGCGGGGCUGACGGUUUAAUAUACCUACACAGUCUUUAUCGCGCUCUAUCCCGCUCUCUCUCUCUCUCUCUCUCUCUCUCUCUCUCUCUCUCUCUCUCUCUCUCUCCUCCGCACUCGCCCAUUAUGCCUCGCUCUUUCUGCAUCAUCGGCAUCAGCUUCAACGGCAGUGAAUUGUCAAAGUGAGAGAGAUACAGUCGGUCGCGCGGCCAGUCGUGCCGUGCGUCUUGUAUAUAUACACAGAAGACACAAAACAUACACUGCGCGCACACACGGAAUAUGGCUGCCAACGAGCAUCAGCAGAAAGAAGAAGAAGAUGGGCAUGAACCUGCUCAUCAUGCAAGAAGGCCAAUGAAUGCCUUCCUUAUCUUCUGUAAGAGGCAUCGGGCUGCUGUACGCUCUGGCUUUCCACAUUUAGAGAAUCGUGCAGUUACUAGGGUCCUUGGAGAAUGGUGGGCCAUCCUGUCCACCGAACAGAAGAGGGCAUACACAAAUUUAGCUCAGGAGUACAAAGAUGCAUUUUUAAAUGCUAACCCAGACUUCAAAUGGUACAAAUUGCCAGCCCCUCCGCUCCGUACAUUAAAUACAAGGCCAACAAACAAAAAGACAGAUGCAGGGCUAUCUGAUUGUGGCUCAGAAACAAUCAAAAGUGAUUAUCUCACAUUAAAUGUAGCUAAAUUGGAUGAGGAUUCAAUACAACCAGGAAAGCUAGCUGAUGAAUCUCAAUUAGGAGGAUUAAGUUCUUUGUUCACACCUCAAAAAGUAAACCCACAAGAUUCUCAGUCAUCAACUAACAACUUUGUAUCAGAAGAUGAAGCAAAUGAUAAUUCAGAAGUUCCAAAACCACCUAAAAAACGUUACACAGAAUUGCCUAUAUCAGCUGAGUCAAAAGAAGAUUGCAAAGCAGAUUUGUUUGGUGAUAAGAAGAGUAGAACAGAGUCCAAUAAUAAUGAUCAUCACCUUAUGAAUGUAGAUGAGGAUGAAAAUAAUGAAACACAUACUUACAUUGAGGACACGUCAGUUGAAGAUAGCGUUUUCAGAGCAGGAAGGAGUUGCAAAGGUCUACGUUAUCAGAAGUUUUUAGCUGAACAAUUGGCCACUCAUCAGGCAAAGCAACGUCGAAUUGCUGGUUUACCAAACAUUGAACACAAUAGGGAAAGACGGAAUUCUAUUUCUUCAAAUGUCAGUGAAAAAACGGACUCUCUGAGCAGCGAAGGCACAAGUUCUCGUGGCGAUUUAGAGCAUCUUGUUCAAGGUGGUGAGGGAAACUUGGAGGCUUCCAAACCUGAGGACACUGAGACUGAGGGAGCUGAAGGACAUGCCACAUGGAUGUCACGUAAAAUGUUCAAGGCUGAGGAUUUUAACCUUGAAAAGAAAAUUGAAGCACUACCAUCCUUAAGUUUAGAAGAGUUCCAAGCUAUGAAAAAGCAGCAGAGAACAAAAAAGAAAAAAAUCUUACAAAAAGUCGGUGGCUCAUCUAAAAAACCUAAUCGUGAUAAUUCUCCAGGACGAAAAACAGAUAUGCAAAGGGAGUCUGAAAAAGCACUAUUAGUCGGUAGCCAGAAGAGGAAAGCUCGAAAACAGAGCAUAACGAGAAAUACACUGACAGUUGACUCACCAAUUGUUAACGAGGAGCAAGAACCUAAUAAAGCUUGGUGUGAAUCACCUGAUCUCGAAGCAUUGGCUUGCCUGGCAGCGGUAGCCGCCAACCGAACGAAGUUAACCAAGUCGUAAGAAAUUUUUUAAGCAAUUGGUUUCCCCGUUUCAUCUAAUCUGGUGCUACACAAGAGUGUGAAACGGAUUCAGAUUUUACCUAUUUCUUCUCUUUUUUUUAAAUCCUUCUUGCUACUAUUUAUAAACGUCACUGUUCGUACUCUCGUUAAAUACUAGUACUCCUAUACAUAAUUACUUUUAUAUAUUCAAUAUUUACUCGAUGUUUAUUAAUGAAAAACGAGUUUUUAAUAUUAUUACACAAGAAGGAGAGAAAAAAAGGAAAAAAUACACAAAGACUUCCAUGUAGAGAAAGUAAAUAGGGGCUCUGUCUUUUUCAAAUGCGAAUGCACCAUUCGGUUCAGUCUGGUGUGUAUGUACAUAAAAAAAAUAAUAGGUGCAGUAUUACAACUUCUUUUUCGUUUAUCGUUAAUUCUUUUAUUUUGUCAACGAAUAUGCUAUGAAUAUGAUAUAUAAUCAAAAUGUAUAGACUUAUCUGCUCGCAGAUUCGUAGAUACAGCAGACUUGUGCCUUGUUCAUAAAUUCUCGUACACGAUUUUUUUUAUCCUUGACUAAGUGUUAUUUUGAUACCCAAUGGACAGCUAUACUUAGUAAAUAAUUUAUUUAUGUACAUAAUUGCUUGCAAUGACAACAAAGAAUGAAGUGGUCAAAGUAUAAUGAAGUAAAACUUUUUUAGGAGAUGAAACUUAAUAUUUAAAAUAUUUUACUGGUUUCAUUUAUUUGUCUAUAUUUAAUUUUUUCACAAAUUAUUAGGUUUCUCAGUUAUUAGUUUUGAAAUAAAAUUUCUAUAGCUAUGGACUGUCUUUUUAGAUUAUUUGAUAAACCAAAAUUUUACUAUAGUUUUACAAACUUGUUAUUAAAGUUGUUUUUACUUACACGUAAAUUACAUAAAUAUUAUUUAAAACUUGAUUUUGCAGAAAAGUAAUUCAUAUUGUUAAUGUAAGUUAUAUAUUUAGAGUGUUAUAGAGACCAUAAACGAGGUUCUCCCAGCAGGAAUUCAAUGACUAGUUUAUUUAGAUAUACAAUAUGUGAGGGCAGUGUUUUGUAAGGAAUACCAGUCGUGUGCUUGAAAUUAUGAACAAUUUACGAUUUUUUUUUAUACAGCAUGCAAAAGUUAAGCUAUAAAGGAGUCGUGGAUCUUUUUAUAAAAUUAAAUCAUGGAUCGGAGUCUUCAAGAAACAUAACUUAAGUGCUUAAAAAGGACCAAUAAAUCUUGAACAGACUUUACAUAAAUGUGAUUAGUACUUUUGCCUCUGAAGUUGAAUGAAUGUUUAUGCUCUGCAAGUCUUAGCUUACUUUUGUAAUUUACUUAAAUACUUAUCAAGUGGUGUACCUCUCAAUGCUAAAGUAUUUGAUUAAAAACCACCAAUCAAGCUCAAUGAAAGAAGACAAUACAUAAUUAUAAUUUUGUGAAAAGUAAUAAAUAUUUGGGUCAAUUAUAAAAGUUAAAGUUUAGAUAAAAUGGAACUGGGUUUGCCUUUAAAAACCCUUCAACUAUAACUGCUCCGAUCUAUGAUUUUACAACAGAGAGAUGAUAGACUCACGUUGACAAAGCAUUAAGGCCACUAAUACAUAAGUGUAAAUGCAUAUUUAUGAUAUUUAUAUAGCUUAAAUGUAUCUAAUACAAUAUAUUGUAACAAAAUGAAGAAUUUUUGUGUCUGUCGUAUUCAAAGAAUGGCGAAAGUAAGAGACCUGUCUGUGAUGAUUUUUGGCUAAAGGAAUUUUUAACGUUUUAUAUUUUUCUAUAUUGACACUGACUCUUUAAUUUCGUUGAGCGAAAAGAAAAGAUUUGAAGAUAUGUUCUUUUUUAUGUCAAGGCGUUCAACCAGUCAGUUUAGAGUUUGUUUAAAAAAAGAUUUUCUGUACCUAAAAAUAACUGGAUUGUGUAAAAUCUUGGAUGAUAAAAUUGUCUUUUACCAUUCUGUGCACUUGAUACAACUUGUAAUUUGAGAAUACCAAUGAAAUUUUCAUUUUUAAUUUGUUUGUUAAAUAAAUAUGGAUUAAUACUUUAAUGAGCAAUAAGUUAACUGUACAGAAUGUGUGUAAUAUUCAACCAUUAAGUGUGAUGAUAUUGAAUAUUUGAGUUAAUAGAAGAAAAUCUUCUUUUGAAUAAUCAAGAUAGCUUACUGGUAAAAUAUUGUUCACUUGCGUUUUAAACCUAUCCACCAGAGAUUGUAUGCAUGUAUGUAAAUGGAUUAUAUUUCAAACGUGCCUUGUUGAGAUACACCGGAGAGUGACCACUGAGAUAAUUGAGAGGACGAUAUGACUUUUUGUAAAACUCUUUUGCAAUCUAUACAAAUUUUUGCUUCCAUUCAUUGCUCAGUCAACUAUGAAUGUUUUUUUGGUGAAACUUUUCACAGAAAGUUUUUACAACUAUUUAAAUAAUGACACGAUUGUACAUGUAUACUGUUUGACACUUGAAGGAAAGUAUAGAACAGUAGGUAUAAUCUGACCAUGAUAUAUUAUAUUUUAGUAUAUUAUUGGGAAGUUUUUUCAGAUUUUAUUGCACAAAGAGUGUACUAGCUUUAAAAGAUAAUGUAAUUUACACGAAACAUACAAUAGAAAUAUAUAUAAAUAUGUAUACACAGAUGCUUGUAACAUAUUGUAUAAUGUUUAUAUCAACAAUAAAGGUAUAAUAUUUUGAUGUAA